AAACGCUAAACGUUUGACUGCAUUCAGCAUGACAUGGUUGUCUCUUCGAAGAAGGAGAUUAAUAGAGAUUUAAAUGUACUAUAAGUCAUUAAGAAAUGACAACACCAGAAACAAAUAAAAUCGUUGCAGAAUUUAACGAACCGGGGCUUACAGCAGAAGAAAAAACGAAACGAGUGAAGCAGUUUAUUGAGACAUGCAUUGAGCAAAGCACCCACACUCACAUAGAUGAAAAGUUUAUGAUCACAAAAGGUUAUGUGAUGCAAUCGCAUGAUAAGCUUUUCACGUGCACAAAGUGUGAUUACAAAACUAGAAGGGUAGAUCAUAUGAGACAACAUCUGGCUUCACAUUUCAAGGUAAACUUAAAACAAACGCUGAUGGUUUUAAAGGAUGUAUCUCAUGUAUGCCACCCAUAUUUUUACAUGACGAGCAACGGCAGUGACACAGGUGUUAGUGCUAGAUCAAAAUGACGCUUGUUCUUUGGA